AUGGGCAGGUCAUCCACCAAAUCCAUUGCUCGUGUAUAUGCCGACGUAAACCAGAGAUUAGGUCCUUCAUGGCACGAAUACGAUAACCUCCAAGUCCAAUGGGGUACCCAAGAUCAUUACGAGAUUGUGCGUAAAGUAGGACGUGGAAAGUACUCCGAGGUAUUCGAAGGUGUCAACGUAGUCACCGAUGAAAAAUGCAUCAUCAAAGUCUUGAAACCAGUAAAGAAGAAGAAGAUCAAACGAGAGAUCAAGAUCCUUCAGAAUCUCGCUGGUGGUCCCAAUGUCGUCGCACUCUUGGAUGUCGUCCGAGAUCCAGCUUCUAAAAUCCCCAGUUUGAUAACAGAGUAUGUUCAUAACGUCGAUUUCAAGGUCUUGUAUCCUCGUUUCACCGAUAUGGAUGUGCGCUUUUACAUGUUGGAGUUGUUGAAAGCGUUGGAUUUUUGUCACUCAAAGGGUAUCAUGCAUCGCGAUGUGAAACCUCAUAAUGUCAUGAUUGACCACGAACAUCGCAAGCUUCGACUGAUUGAUUGGGGUCUUGCCGAGUUUUAUCAUCCCAAAACCGAAUACAACGUCCGUGUGGCAUCGCGGUAUUUCAAGGGCCCAGAGUUAUUGGUAGACUUUCAAGAAUACGAUUACAGUCUCGAUAUGUGGAGCUAUGGAUGUAUGUUUGCCUCCAUGAUCUUCCGAAAAGAACCGUUUUUCCAUGGUCACGACAAUUACGACCAACUCGUAAAGAUUACCAAAGUUCUCGGAACAGACGAACUCUACGCCUACAUCGACAAGUAUCAUAUCACUCUCGACUCCCAUUACGAUGAACUCCUCGGAAGAUACGCAAGGAAACCAUGGACACGGUUCAUUACUUCGGAGAAUCAACGGUACAUCUCCAAUGAAGCUAUCGAUUUCUUGGACAAGUUACUUCGGUAUGAUCACCAAGAACGGCUUACCGCGAGGGAAGCACAGGCUCAACCUUAUUUCGAUCCUGUACGGACCGCCACUCCUGGUGUUAUUGAUAGAGACAGUGAUUCCGUGUCGUCGGGUUAA